AUGGCUCCCAUUGAAAGUGACAAAGCCAUGAAUAUAAAUGAGGGAUUGUACCAACGUAAAGACGCUGUAGCCGCCACGAACGACAAGAUUACCACUUCGUACACGUGGCAGGACGUAGCCAAACACAAUACGGCCAAAAGUGCCUGGGUCAUCAUCCGUGGUAUUGUCUACGACGUGACUGAAUGGGCCGAUCGUCAUCCUGGAGGUCGCGAACUCGUGCUAUUGCACUCUGGCCGGGAGUGCACGGACACGUUCAAGUCGUACCAUCCCUUUUCUGAUCGCGCAGACAAGAUCUUGGCCAAGUACGCUAUCGGCAAACUUAUCGGUGGCUCUGAGUUUCCCAUGUACAAACCGGACACGGGCUUCUACAAAGAGUGCUGUGACCGCGUGAACGAGUACUUUAAAGAUAACAAACUGGACCCGCGGAAUCCGUACUCGGGACUGUGGCGGAUGUUUCUAGUGGCAAUUGUUGGUGUAGUUGCCUUCAUGGGCAUGAACCAGCUACUAUCGGACAAUAUCUACGCCCACUACGCCUGGGGUGCUGUGUUUGGAGUGUGCCAGGCACUUCCACUGCUGCACGUGAUGCAUGACGCGUCGCACGCUGCCAUUACCAGCAGUCCGACGGGCUGGAGAUUGAUCGGACGGUUUGUGAUGGAUUGGGUUACCGGUGCAAACAUGGUGUCGUGGCUCAACCAGCACGUGGUGGGCCACCACGUCUACACAAACGUCCCUGGUGCUGACCCAGACCUUCCGGUAGACUUCAAGAGCGACGUGCGACGUAUUGUGUACCGUCAGACGAUGCUGCCCAUCUACAAGUUCCAGCACAUUUACCUGCCACCGCUCUAUGGUGUGCUCGGUCUCAAGUUCCGUGUGCAGGAUAUUCUUGAGACAUUCGUCGCGCUUACGAACGGACCGCUGCGCGUGAACCCACAUUCGGUUGGCGACUGGGUGGAGAUGAUCCUGUCCAAGGCAUUCUGGGCUUUUUACCGCCUUUACAUUCCGCUGGUCUUGCUACAGGUAGACGCUGGUCGAUUUUGGGGCGUUUUCUUCCUCGCAGAGUUCAUGACGGGCUGGUACCUAGCUUUCAACUUCCAGGUGAGCCAUGUAUCCACGGCAUGCGAGUACCCGGGUGAUAAAGACGGAGGAGUCACAGCCAUUAACGACGAGUGGGCUAUCUCGCAGAUUAAAUCAUCGGUGGACUAUGCGCACAAUUCACCUUUCACGACAUUCCUGACCGGCGCGCUCAACUACCAGGUGACGCACCACCUUUUCCCGGGCGUCUCGCAAUAUCACUACCCGAGAAUUGCACCGAUCAUUCUUGACGUGUGCAAGAAGUACAGCAUCAAGUACACGGUGCUGCCCACGUUCACGGAAGCUCUGGCUGGCCACUUGAACCACCUCAUGAUCAUGGGCAAAAUGGGGAAGCACGUGGCUGUUCACAUGGGUUAA